AUGGGUCGUGUUUAUGGUCCAGGAAAAGGUAUCUCUGGGAGUGCAAUCCCAUAUACCCGAGUUGUGCCUAGCUGGUUGAAGCUGUCCGCUGAGGAGUGUAUUAACCUGAUUGCGAAGGCUGCGAAGAAAGGUAUGACUCCAUCGCAAAUUGGUGUUCAGCUACGAGACUCGCAUGGUGUACCGCAAGUGAAGUUUCUAACGAAGAACAAGAUCCUCCGAAUCUUGAAAUCCAAAGGAGUUGCCCCGGAAAUUCCGGAAGAUCUGUAUCACCUUAUCAAGAAAGCUGUAAGCAUGAGAGCUCACUUGGAUAAAAACAGGAAGGACAAAGAUGCCAAGUACAGGCUAAUUCUGGUCGAGAGCCGAAUUCACCGACUUGCUCGAUACUACAAGAAAAACAGGCAAUUGCCUCCUUCUUGGAGAUAUGAGUCGAAGACAGCAGCUGCUUUGGUAGCCUAA